AUGGUGGUGCGAACGGCGAUGCCAGCUGGGCGACGCCAGGCAACUUGGACAACGUGUUGGGUGUUGGAAGCGUGGCCAAUGAGGCAAGGCGCAAGGCAGGCGACACCUUCGUGCAGCUACCAGUGGGUGAUGCCAUUGCGCAGGGCAGUGCGCGACGCCUUCGGUGGGGGAGCAGUUGAGCGGCUCAAGGCGUUGGGUGCAGGUGCUUGGCUAAUGCCAAGAACAAGGUCUGGGCGACGCCAGGAGGGACUAGAACUCACACAGGGUUUGCUACUGGCGUUGUUGCUGCUAGGUUGA